AUGCAGGAUCAGACCGACAUCCACACGCAUCCGGUGUUCUGGAGUUUCGGGGAAGAAGACGUAAGUGAGUUGUAGGGCGGAUGAGCUGGAACGAAGGGGUUGGGGGCUUAAUUUAAAGCAGGCACCGUAAGCAGGAAAUCGAGAGGGUGCUCUCCCGAGGGAGUUGAAGAGGGGUGGCAGGGGCCUCGUCCGGCCUCCAUGGUCCUUGCUUCCGCCGUUGCCAUGGAGAUCGAUUCCUACGCCGCCUUCACCUACGCCGCUGGAAUCGCCGGUGAUCCUCCGCCCUCCCUCUCUCUCUCUCUCUCUCUCUCUUUCUCUGGAUUGUAUGUAAUGUUCUGUUCUCAGGUAAUCUGCUCGCAUUCGUGCUGUUCGUGUCGCCCAUGUGAGCCCGUCUCCUGCAAUUCGUCUCUCACUCCUCCCCCCCUCCCCUCUCUCUCUCUCUCUCUCGCUCGCUCGCUCUCUCAUCAGAGGCCCUCCUCUGUUUGUCGCCUUCUAUCUACAGCCCCACAUUCCGGCGGAUCGUCAGGAACGAGUCAACGGAGAGCUUCUCGGGGCUGCCUUACAUCUACUCUCUCCUAAACUGCCUCAUCUGCCUAUGGUACGGGCUCCCUUGCGUGACCCGCGGGGUGAUCCUCGUCGCCACCGUGAACUCCGUCGGGGCCGUCUUUCAGCUGAGUUACAUCACCAUCUUCAUCCUCUACGCCCCCCCCACGAAAAGGGUAGCCCGCAGACUCUCUGUCAUGAACAUCUACAGCUUCCCCAUUUGACGAAGAACCCGUGGGCUUAAUCUCCUUAUUUUUAUUCAUUUUUUUUUAAAAAUUUGUUCUCGGGCAGCUGAAGAUGUCUGGCAUGCUGGUGGGCGUGUUCGCCGUGUUCUUGCUGGUCGUCUACAUCAGCCUGGAAAUGCUCAGCGCGCGGGGUCGCCAGACCUUCGUGGGGUACCUGAGCGUGGCCUCGCUCAUCUCCAUGUUCGCUUCCCCACUGUUCAUCAUUGUCAGUCAUGCAUUCACCCGUCUCCUCCUCGUUAAAGAUCUCUGCGAUUUUGAGUGGUGACCCGAUCCGAAUCUUCCACUAAUCCUCAAUAAACUGGAUUUUCUUGCCUUGUUUUGCUGCAGGGACUGGUGAUUCGGACAAGGAGCGUGGAGUACAUGCCCUUCUAUCUCUCCCUGUCCACCUUCCUGAUGAGUAUCUCUUUCUUCGUAUACGGCCUGUUACUCCGCGACUUCUUCAUCUAUGUGGGUCCUCAUUCCGCUUACUCCUUAGCUUUAACCUCCCCCCCAACCCCCCCGACAUCUUACUCAUCUCCUACCUCCCAUACAGAUUCCCAAUGGAAUCGGCGCGGUUCUUGGGGUGGUACAGUUGGCUCUCUAUGCCUAUUACAGUAAGACAGAGAGACAAGCGGAAAGGCUGCCAUUGCUGUCGUCCUGA